CGCCACUUUCCUAUAAUUAAUUCAUGGUCGCCGUCCCCUUCCACUCUCCAUAUUCAAAACCCUAACGUUAACCCAGACCCUAAAACCUAACCCUAAUCCUAACCUAACCCCAAAUCUUUCUUUUCGAUAAAUACAAGAAAUCUCUACCUCUCCUUUGAUCAAGAUUCCCCUUUCCACUUUCGGUAGUCUCGGGUUUGGAAAUUUUUGAGGUAAAAUUCGAUUUUUUUUUCCUCCCUUCCGGUCUAUAAGAAUGCGUACCGUCUGCUCUGAAACCUUAGACAUGGCCGUCCCCUUCGCCCACCUCCUCUACUCGGAGAAGCCCCCCAUUCUGGCAUCCCUGGGCUCGCCGCCGGCGGUGGAGCGGCCUGCCGCCCCGGCGCAGGAUGACCUAAAGCGCAUCGCCGCCCACCGCGCCGUGGAACUGCUGGAGUCCGGCAUGGUCGUCGGACUCGGCACUGGCUCCACCGCCGCCCAUGCCCUCGACCGCAUCGGCGAGCUCCUCCGCCGCGGCGUCCUCCGCGACAUCGUCGGCAUCCCCACCUCCAAGAAAACGGAGGCCCACGCCGCCGCCGUCGGCAUCCCCCUCUCCGACCUCCACGCCCACCCCAUCGUUGACAUCUCCAUAGACGGCGCCGACGAGGUCGACCCGUCCCUCAACCUCGUCAAAGGCCGUGGCGGCUCCCUCCUUCGCGAGAAGAUGAUCGAGGGGGCCAGCCGCCGCUUCGUCGUCAUCGUCGACGAGUCCAAGAUGGUCCCCUGCCUUGGCGGCAGCGGCCUUGCCGUCCCCGUCGAGGUCAUUCCCUUCUGCUGGGGUCACACCCUCGGCCGCCUCCGGAGUCUUUUCGACGGCGAGCCUGGCUUCGAUGCCAAGCUCCGACGUGCCGCCUCCACCGGCGAUGGUGGGAAAGGCGAGCCCUUUGUGACGGACAAUAGGAAUUACAUUGUAGAUUUAUUUUUUGACAAUGGGAUCCAUGGCGAUCUGGAUCUGAUCAGCGACAAGAUACUGAGGAUCACGGGGGUGGUCGAGCACGGGAUGUUUCUUGGCAUGGCGUCGUCGGUUAUCAUCGCCGGCAAGGACGGGGUGACGGUGUUGGACAAGCAGUAGGUGAGGUGAGGUAAUUUGAUUACAAAAGGAAGCAGAAAGAUUGGAUUUUUAGUUAGACUAGAUUAUAUAUUGGCCUUCAAAAGGAAUUAAUGAUUGUUUCCCUUUUGAAGUGGUGGAGAAUUAAUGAUUGUUCUAGGCAGGGAAGAAAGUUAAAAGUUUCAUGGAAUUUUUCAUGAAUUUUUGUUGGGAAUUCAAUAUAAUGGUGAUAUAUUGAAUGGGGUUUGAUUCCCUUGAUUA